AUGGACACCCACGGUCAGGACUACGUGAAAGCAAAGGACAUGUUCGAGCGAGUUCGCGUUUCCCGACGGUACAUGCAGUACCUGAUCCGUCCCGGCGAUGUUCUCCUAGAGGGGUCUGGUGCUGACAAGCAGGCCUUCCUCGCCACAUCCUGGUUGACUGACCAUACCCGAGGAAAGGGAGAGGUUCUCGGGCACAUCAGCACCGGAGACGACUCUUAUGCAGCGCGUGCGCGGCGAGUCCGCGAGAAAAGCUCUAUCGCACCCUCCAGUGAGGUUCACUACUUUUCAUACGACUGGACCGUCCAAGCUUGGCAUUGGGCUUUCAAUGGCUUUUCUCGGUACAAAUAUGUGGUGAACCACCUCCAGCUGCAGGUAACCUUCGAGAAUGAUGAAGUUGAUAUAACAAGACUCGACAUCUAUUCCCUGAUGUACGCCAGCAGCAGAAUCCGACAAGAACUCGAGGAUCGAGGCCGAAUGUUCUGGAAGUGUAGGUUCAAGCACAUUGUUGCCUACACGAGCGGUCCCACUGAGGGACUUGACGACGCACGACAUAUCAUUGACGCCACAACCUACAACAAACUACAUCCACACGACAAUGUUGAUGGCUCGAACUAUUUGGCUGACAUUUCUGCUUCGAGAUUGGCGGAAGAUAGCCCACCAGGUGGCGAUGAUCUACUGCUUUUCCCCACCAUGCUCAAUGGUUACCAUCUACAUGCGAAGAGAUGGUACAAACUGUUUGUCGACCAGAUGAGAGAUGUGAACUGGAACAAACAGGCAUUCAAAGACCUGAUAAUGGCAGACGCUACCAAGGAGCUAAUCCUGGCGCUGGUCGAAAAUCUCCUCGAGGCCCGAAAGUCAACAGAUGUCAUAUCAGGGAAAGGAUCAGGACUCAUCGUCUUGCUCCACGGUGGUCCAGGUACUGGGAAGACAUUCACUGCCGAGAGUGUCGCAGAGAUUGCACAAAAGUCAUUGUACAGAAUCACAUGCGGCGAGAUUGGAACGGAGCCGUCCAAAGUCGAAAAGCAUCUGACAGCGGUUUUGCACCUCGGCAAGAUUUGGGAUUGUGUUGUGCUCCUUGAUGAAGCCGAUGUCUUCCUCGCAGAACGCGACUUGCGCGACCUCAACCGCAACGCUCUGGUCUCGAUCUUCCUACACGGGGCUUUCGACGAGGCGUUCGAAUCUCGCAUUCAACUAGUACUCCACUACAAAGAUCUCAAUCAUGCGGAGCGGUGCAAAGUGUGGCGGGACUUCAUCCGGCGCCUCAACGACCUCGACGAGCCCAUCGACGCUGAGGACCUCGAAGACCACUUGCAGGUGCUUGGCAACGAAGAGUUGAACGGUCGGCAGAUUCGAAACGCCGUAACGUCAGCUUGUCAGCUGGCAAAGUUCAAGAAGCAGAAGCUAUCCUACACGCAUCUGAAGCACGUCAUAGACGUGAGUGGCGAGUAUGAGCAAUACACCAGACGCCUGCAGAGUGGAGAAUCCGACGUGGAGCGUAUCGAAGUCAGUGGACUGCGAGCACCUUGA